CCGAAAACAUAGCAAAUUAUAAUCUCUUAACCAAAGCAAUUCCGGCUAAUAUAGUUCUUCGUUUAUUACAUUGACGAUAUAUUAGUUGGUUUUUUGACGAUUUAACAGAAGAAUCAUAUACAGCUUUUCGUUCUGAACGAAUCUUUUACUUGGGGUAGAAUUGCUACACACGCCAGACGGAUUUGAGGGUAUCGAAGGAAGACACACAAGAUGCCAGAAUUGCAAGUCAAAAAGCACAUUGCUUACUUCAAACGAAAUUUAAUGAUGUUUCCGCAACCAUACCAGGAAAUGGAUAGUGAACGGAUGGUGCUAGGCUACUUCUGUUUACUUGGACUGGAUCUUCUAAAAGCGUUGGAGGAAAUCCGGGAGCAAGACAAGAUUGAUUGGAUUGCUUGGGUCCGUUCGUGCAGGGUCGCGAAGAGAUGCGACAGCAUUGACAAGGAUGUUAAGGGGGAUGCUUAUUAUGUUGGAUAUCGAGGAGGACCGUGUACUAUGACACCGGGAAAUGAGCAAUGGGACGAGCCAAUGUUAGCGGGAACACUGUUCGCAGCAUGCAAUUUGCUCUUUCUUGGCGAUAACCCGAGAAGCAAUACCGAGGACAUGAAAGGAAUCGAACGCUUCCUACAACUCUGCCUAUGUGAAGACGGCAGGUACAGAAGUAACUUGCUGCCAGGGGCAGAUGAAGACAUCCGACAAUUGUAUAUGGCAGUUUCAACCGCAACCUUGCUUGAGCUAAAGUUAAAGAAUGUGGAGCAGUCGCUAGAUUAUAUUAAGUCCUGUCAGCGGUAUGAAGGCGGAUUCGGCCAAACUCCGGGCGCGGAAGCGCACGCAGGCGCUACCUUUUGUGCAAUUGCCUCCUGGAAGUUGUUGAAUAAGAUGAUUCCUGAGUUCCGGGGGAAGUCGCUAAAAAAGUGCAUUCCUCACUAUGAUCGACUGUUACGAUGGUUGGUUUUCCGUCAACAAUCAGAUGGAGGUUUCAACGGACGCACUCAAAAGUUAACCGAUACAUGCUAUUCAUUUUGGGUACAAGCAACAUUAAGUAUCUUGGGUGAAAUCCAUUUAGUCGAAGCGAAUGCUUCAAGAAACUUUUUGCUUGAACAAACACAGCACCUCAUUGGAGGAUUCAGUAAAGUGCAUGGCGAAUAUCCUGAUGUUUUGCAUAGUGCUCUUGGCUUGUUUUCUCUUGCGUUACAUGAUGACUCAAAGCUUUCUGAUGUUUGCCCUGCAUUAUGCUUGACAGCUCGUUUCUGUCCAGAAGAAGCAAAAUAAAACCGUUAAUUUAGACCAUUUUCCAAUUAUAAUAGCAUCAAUUUUAUUUACUUUUUCGCAUUUUCUUUUGCUUGAGCUCGACGCAUGCGGCGUUGGACACGUCGAUUUCCGAUUUUAA